AUGAAUUUUUAUAUCUUAACUUUCCUCUAUUUAUUCUUUUUGGAGUGUAAUGCACUUGUAGGGCCACUAGAGCCCCCUCCAAAUGGAGCACCAAUUGUUUCGGACCUUAGGAGUUCACUGGAAAAAAUGAGACGCUUACUAGUACAUGCACCAGAUAAGAAUAGUCAAGAAAAAGCAAAUGCCUUUAUUUCAUUGGAAGAGUUGGAGAAGGCUGUAGAAAAAGUUGGGUUUCUGAUAUCAAAAGGGAAGACUAGUAGCGAGAUAGUACUACUUGAAUCUAAUGAACAACCUGAAGCUUUAACAGAAACAACUACGGAGGAAGCCACUGAAACUAUAAAACAACUUACAAGACAGAUCUGGAAGGCUACGGAUGAUAUAUUACGUGCAUAUACAGGUAUUGGUGGAUUAGUAGGUGCUUUGCCACCACAGACAAUCUCUUAG